CCAAUUAGAGCUUGCAUUGAGGAGGAAGUAGAAGACACAUAAGCUUGAAGUAAAACAGAAACAAAGAAUAUAUUUUUUCUAACAUCACAGGAGGAGGAAAACACAGACAUCGGGUGUUUUCUGCACUCCAAAAAACUGUUUUCCCUUUUUUACAUAGAAGAAAUUUGAAGAUCUGAAACAGAAUUGAAUAUUUGUGAAUAAUACAGCAAAGAUACAUUAUAGCAAACAACCACAAAUAAGGAUGAAACAUCUCUAAAUAUACUCAUUGGAAGCAUCCAAACAUAUACUUUGAAAAAAAAAAAGGUGUCACAAUGGCAGAGGAGCUAAAGCUUCCAGAAAAUCCAGAUGACUGGACAAAAGACGAUGUAAACAGAUGGUUAGAGAGUCAUAAUAUUGACCAAAAACACAGGGAAAUUUUGAUUGCACAAGAUGUGAGUGGAGCAAUCUUGAAGUGGCUAAAUAAAAAUCAUCUUGUUGAUAUGGGCAUAACACAUGGACCAGCCAUCCAAAUAGAGGAGCUAUUCAAAGAACUGCAGAGGACAUCUUCUGAAGAUCCUAUUCAGACAUCCAAGGGAGAGAAAAGCAGUAAAAAUGCUCCUACAAAGAAAUCUUUGAGGCAAAAGGAAGGUAGAGAGACUUCAAAGCAAAAACAAAAGGACAAAAAGAUCUCUGAUAUGGCUAAUGCUUCUAAAGUGAGUCCAGUGGCAAAAGAGUCUAAGUCACUAAAUAAUGAACUCAUGGAAAAUCCACCAGAUGACAUUACCCAACCUACAUGUACCCCAUAUCCUUUCAAUACAUUCAGUGAUCCAUAUCGUUAUAAAUUGCAUUUCAUCCUGCAACCUGAAACAGGACCACACAAUCUUAUUGACCCAGUACAUGAAUUCAAAGCCUUGAAAAAUAUAGAAACAGCCACAGAAGGGGAUAUAAAGAUGAAAUUUAGCAAUGAGACCUUCCGUUUUGCUUCAGCUUGUAUGAAUUCACGUACCAAUGGCACUAUUCAUUUUGGAGUUGAAGAUAAACCCCAUGGAAAAAUUGUUGGUGUGAAAUUCACCAGUGUCACCAAAGAAGCCCUAAUUGACCACUUCAAUUGGAUGAUCCAUCAGUAUUUUGAAGCACAUCAGGUCCAACAAGCAAAGAAGUGCAUCCGAGAACCAAGAUUUGUUGAAGUUUUACUCCCAAAUAGUACUGUAUCUGACAGAUUUGUGGUUGAGGUGGAUGUUGUUCCACAGUAUUCUGUAUGUAAACAUGACUAUUUCCAGAUCAAAAUGCAAGACUGCAACAACAAAACAUGGCAACAACGUUCAAAACACUCAGUCUUUGUACGAGAUGGUCCCAGCACUAAGAACGUCUUAAUAAACAAAGCUGAUUUUAAAGCCUUUCUGUUAGAUUUAAAAUCAUUGGCAGUAUCUAGGGAAGAAGCAGAAGAAAAAUGCAAACAAAAGACAAAUAAAAACAAUAGUGAGGGGUCAAAGCUGGUAACCCUGCUGACAGGAAAUCAAGACUUAUUAGAUAAUUCAUACUACGACUGGUACAUUCUUGUAACAAACAAAUGCCAUCCAGAUCAAAUAAUACACUUAGAUUUCCUAAAGGAAAUUAAGUGGUUUGCUGUUUUAGAGUUUGAUUCUGAAUCUAAGACAGAAGGAGUUCUCAAAUCUUUCAAAGAAAGCAGAGCAGCAAGCCUACACUCUCCAAGUCAAUUCAUAGAAGAAAAAGUCACAUUAAGUGAGAAGAUUUCUAGUUUGAAUCUUUACCAGAAACCCAGCUGGAUUUUCUGCAAUGGCAGGUCAGAUCUUGACAGUGAAAAAUAUGAACCCUUAGAUCCAGUUUCCUGGCAAAAAGAAAGAGCUUCUGAAGUCAGAAAACUGGUUUCAUUUCUUACACGUGAAGACAUAAUGCCAAGAGGGAAGUUUUUGGUGGUAUUUCUAUUACUUUCCAGUGUGGAUGACCCAAGGGAUCCUCUCAUUGAGACUUUCUGUGCCUUCUACCAAGAUCUCAAAGGAAUGGAAAACAUAUUGUGUAUUUGUGUGAAAUCAAACAUAUGUCAAGGAUGGAGAGACCUACUUGAAGCAAGAUUAACAAAUAAGCAAGAUGAACUAUCAGACAAGUGUAUUUCUGCUUUAAAUCUUGAACAGAUAAAUGGCACUAUUCUUAAACUAAAAUCUGUAACACAGUCUUCAGAGAGACUUUUGCCAUCUAUCUGUUCAUCUACUGUCCUUCUGAAAAAGGAAGAAGAUAUGACUGCUCUGGGAAUUCUCUGUGUAAAUGAAUGUGAAGGUACACUCUUACACAAAGACAAAAAUAAAUUACUGGAAUUCAAGGCAUCAAAAGAAGAAGACUUUUAUCGUGGUGGCAAAGUAUCAUGGUGGAACUUCUACUUUUCAGAAUAUUAUUCCUCACCUUUCGUCAAAAGAGACAAAUACGAAAAACUUGAAGAAAUGAUUCAAAAUGCUGCAGAUUCUUCUAAACCAAUAUGUGCCAAAAUUAUUCAUUUGUUCCAUCACCCAGGCUGUGGGGGGACUACCUUGGCCAUGCAUGUUCUCUGGGAACUAAGGAAGAAAUUCAGAUGUGCUGUACUGAAAAACCAGACAGUAGAUUUUUCUGAAAUUGGAGAACAAGUGACAGAUUUAAUCACUUAUGGGGCAACAAAUCAUCAGGAAUACUUACCUGUACUGCUCCUUGUUGAUGAUUUUGAAGAACAAGAUAAUGUCUAUCUUCUUCAGAGUGCCAUUCAAAAAGCUGUAGCUCAAAAAUAUAUUCGAUAUGAAAAACCUCUAGUGAUCAUCCUGAAUUGCACAAGAUCACAAAAUCCUGAAAAAAGUGCAAAGAUCCCAGAUAGUAUUGCCCUAAAACAAAAACUGACCUCCAAAGAACAGAUAGCUUUUGAGUUUAAAUUGAAAGAAAUUAAAGAACAGCAUAAAAACUUUGAAGAUUUUUAUUCCUUUAUGAUCAUGAAAACAAAUUUUAAUAAAGAGUACAUUGAAAAGGUGGUCAGAAAUAUUCUGAAAGGACAGAAUAAGUCCACCAAGGAAGCAAAGCUCUUUUCUUUUCUGGCUCUUCUUAAUUCAUAUGUUCCUCAUACCACCAUUUCGUUAUCACAGUGUGAGAUGUACUUAGGAAUUGCAAACAAGACAGCUUUCUGGGGAACAGAAAAGUUUGAAGACAAGAUGGGCACUUACUCUACAAUCCUAAUAAAAACAGAGGUGGUAGAAUGUGGAACCUACUGUGGAGUGCGCACCAUUCACCCUCUGAUUGCAAUCCUCUCUCUGAAAGAAUUGAAGAAAAGCUAUGAUGUGGAUAAAAGUCAAAUUGUGCUGGAUAUGCUGACAGAAAAUUUGUUCUAUGACACUGGCUUAGGAAGAAGCAAAUUUUUCCAAGAUGUGCAAACACUGCUGCUCACAAGACAGCGGAAUGAACAUGAAGGUGAAACAGGAACUUGGUUUUCCCCUUUCAUUGAAGCACUACAUACAGAUGAAGGAAAUGAGGCAGUUAAAGGUGUGUUGUGCCAAGGUAUCGAGCGGUUCAAACCAAAUGCAUUCAUUUGCCAAGCCCUGGCAAGACAUUUCUACAUUAGAGAGAAAGAUUUUAGCAAUGCUCUUUAUUGGGCAAAUGAAGCAAAAAAGAUAGAACCUGACAACUCUUAUAUCUCAGACACACUGGGUCAAGUAUAUAAAAGUAAAAUAAGAUGGUGGAUAGAGGGCCCUGAAAGAAACAAGAACAUUUCAGUUAAUGAUCUAACUGAUCUUUUAGAAUUAGCAGAGCAUGCCUCAGAUGCAUUCAAAGAAUCUCAACAGCAAAGUGAAGAUAGAGAACAUGAGGUGAAAGAAAGAUUGGGUCAGAAGUCAAAAAGAAGGUAUGACACUUACAACAUAUCUGGUUACCUAGGGGAGAUAGAAGUGGGGCAAUACACAAUCCAGAUUCUCCAGCUGGUUCCUUUUUUUGACAAGCAAAAUGAACUAUCUAGAAGAGCUAUGAUCAAUUUUAUAUCAGGAAGUAGUGAUAUUCCAGGGGAUCUAAACGAAUUUAAAAUCACCCUCAAGAAAUUUGUUCCUUAUCUUACUACUUUGCAAUCUUCUUUGAAAAAGUCCUUUGAUUUUUUUGAUGAUUAUUUUGUCCUUCUAAAACCCAGGAACAACAUUAAGCAAAAUGAAGAGGCCAAAACUAGGAAAAAGGUAGCUGUCUAUUUUAAGAAAUAUGUAGAUAUAUUUGGUCCCUCAGAAUCACAAAACAGAGAUCUUGAAUCGAAGAUCAGUUUGCCGCUUCAAGUAGAGAGGAAUCGGAGAAGCCUAGAAGCUUUAAAAGCAGACAAGUUUUCUGGACUUUUAGAGUAUCUCAUCAAAGGUCAAGAAGAUGUUGUAAGCACUAUGGAAUAUAUAGUGAACAAAUACACUUUUCUCUUUGAACAAUGCAUUGUCAGAAUACAGUUAAAGGAAAAGCAAAAUUUCAUCUUGGCCAACAUUAUUCUCUCAUGUAUUAAGCCUAUCUCCAAAUUAGUGAAGCCAAUUAAAAAACUGAAAGAUCAACUUAGAGACAUCUUACAACAAGUAGGAACAACUUACAGAUUUUCAGAACCUUAUUUCCUAGCUUCACUCUUAUUCUGGCCAGAAAACCAGCAACUAGAUCAAGAUUCCAAACAAAUGGAAAAAUAUGCUCAAGCACUGGAAAAGUCUUUCAAGGGACAAUAUAAGCAUAUGCAUCGUACAAAGCAACCAAUUGCAUAUUUCUUUCUUGGAAAAGGUACCAAUAUGAACAGACUUGUCCACAAAGGAAAAAUUGAUCAAUGCUUUGGAAAGACGCCCGAUAUUAAUUCCUUAUGGCAAAGUGGGGAUGUAUGGAAGGAGAAAAAAGUCCAAGAACUUUUGCUUCGCUUACAAGGACGAGCUGAAAGUAAUAAUUUAUUCAUAGAAUACGGAAUCAAUGAAAAAAUCACAAUACCCAUCACUCCCGCUUUCUUGGGUCAACUUAGAAGUGGCAGAAGCAUAGAAAAGGUGUCUUUUUAUCUGGGAUUUUCCAUUGGAGGACUUCUUGCUUAUGACAUUGAAAUUGUAUAAGAGCUAAAUUUUCUUCCUCCAGGAAUGUGAUUUUACUGACAACUAAUUUUUUUUUUUUUUUUUAGAUCCAAGACCCAUACUUUAAAAUGGAAAUUUUGUAGAUAUAGCCCCUGGAUUUCAACCUUGUAUAACAUUAAACUUUCUCUGGCAUUAGCCAUAUGAUGAGUCCCACAUAGAUGAUAGUGGAGAAGGAAGGAAUAAGAGAUGUGUGAAGUUAGACAGCCUCUCCCUUGGUUUGGAUAACACCAUCUAGGACAAAAUAAUAGGCAGCGAUGGAUGGAAUUAGUAGAGACAAGCUAGUAUGUCAGCCAUGCAGAACCCUACUAUCCCCCCUAAUUACCCUGCUGUGUCAGUUAAUCCUGAUAUGCUAACCUCAUUGGAUUAAGAAAGACUAGUCAAUUAGGGGAACACACUACUGAGUGUCUGGGUGGGUCACAGAGGUGAGGCCUUAAAUACUAUCGCUCGUCCCUCCCUGUUCCUUUCUGGCAUCGCUCCCCUCCUCUGCUCCCUCACCACUAUGAAUUUAGCAGCUCUGCUCAGCCACACUCUCUGCCAUAAUAUUCCUGAUUUGGAGCCAGCUGGCUAUAGACUGAAUCUUCCCAAUCCGUGAGCUAAAUUAAAAUUUUCCUCCUUUAAAUUGUAUCAGGUACUAUGUUCAGCAACAGGAAAGCUGACAAAUAUACCUCCCAAGGAUUGAA